AGCGUGAUAGCAGCCGAAGCACGGAAGCGUUAAAUCCCACACUCAAACAUUAAAAAGUAAGGCUCCAAAUCAGUGCGCCCGCAUUGACAUCGACCCGGAUCAGCUGACUGUUGUCCGGUCAACAACAACUGAACUCGUUAUUGGAAACAUGCCAGGAGCCGAAUGCUGGCUGAGUCCUUUCCUGCAUCUCGGACACAAGCAAAGACUGGAAGCAGGUGACCUCUACACAAUACUUCCUGAAGAUGAAUCGGAAGUACUUGGACAAGACCUGCAGAGGUGCUGGGAACUUGAAGUUAAAAGGGCAACCAAACAACUACGGAAGCCCACACUGACCAAAGUCCUUAUUAAGUGCUAUGGGAAGUCUUUCGCCGUCGCGGGAAUCUUUGCGUUUUCCUUGGAGGCCGUAAAAGUCAUCCAGCCACUUCUUCUCGGGAGAAUAAUCAUGUUCUUUGAGAAUGCUGACAGCGCUGACCAGAGCAGUCUUUGCAUGGCGUACGGCUGCGCUGCCGCCAUGUGCGUCUCCACCUUCGGCUUGACCAUCUUCCAGCAUCUCCACUACUAUUUUGUCCAAAGAACGGGCAUGAGGAUGAGAGUGGCCUUGUGUCGUGUAAUAUACUGCAAGGCUCUUCGUCUCAGCAGCCAAGCGAUGGGACAAACGACCACGGGCCAAAUCGUAAACCUCCUUUCAAAUGACAUCACCCGUUUCGAUGAGAUUACCCUCAAUCUGCACUACCUGUGGGUGGGACCCUUGCAGGCGGUUGUGGUCAUCGCUUUUCUCUGGUACGAGAUUGGUCCCUCGUGUCUGGCAGGCGUGGCUGUUCUCCUCCUCAUGUUGCCCAUGCAGACAUGGUUUGGAAAACUUUUUGGAAUCUUCAGGACCAAAUCAGCGGUCCGAGCCGACAGUCGGAUCCGCAUCAUGAACGAAGUGGUGUCUGGCAUCCGAAUCAUCAAGAUGUACGCUUGGGAAAUCCCCUUCUCAGCUCUCGUCACAGAGUCCAGAAGAAAGGAAAUCGACCAGAUCAUGAAGAGCUCCUACCUGCGAGGACUCAACAUGGCGACGUUCUUCGCCAGCAGUAAGAUUGUGGUGUUUGUCACCUUCGCGUUGUACGCCGUGCUGGGCAACGACGUCAGCGCCAGCCGAGUGUUCGUCACCGUGUCCCUGUACGGAACCAUCAAGAUCACCGUCACGCUGUUCUUCCCGCUGGCCGUCGAAAAACUCUCCGAGACCAUCGUCAGUGUCCGUAGGAUCAAGAACUUUCUCCUGCUGGAUGAAAUGAAUAGAAGAAAGCUGACGCUGGAGGAAAAGAACCCAAACACCAUCGAGAUGACGAGUUUGACGUGCUACUGGGAUAAGCUUCUGGAUUCACCGUCUCUGCAGAACAUCUCUCUCACAGUGGAGUCACAUCAACUGGUGGCUGUAAUCGGACCCGUGGGGGCCGGCAAGUCGUCCCUGCUGAGCGCCAUCCUGGGCGAGCUGUCUCACGACGCCGGAACGAUGGCGGUCAGAGGUCAACUCAACUACGUAUCGCAGCAACCCUGGGUGUUCCCUGGGACCAUCCGCAGUAACAUCCUGUUUGGGAGAGGGCUGGAUCCCCAAAAGUAUCAGCGUGUACUGAAGGCCUGUGCCCUAAAAAAGGACCUGGAGCUCCUCCCCGAUGGAGACCUGACCCUCAUCGGGGACAAGGGAGGCACCCUCAGCGGCGGGCAGAAAGCUCGCAUCAACCUCGCCAGAGCGGUCUACGAGGAAGCAGAUAUCUACCUCUUAGAUGAUCCUCUGAGUGCUGUGGAUGUCGAAGUGGGGAAGUAUCUCUUUGAAGCGUGCAUCUGCGGCCUGCUGAAGAACAAGUGUCGUAUCCUGGUUACUCACCAACUUCAGAAUCUGUGCUCGGUCGAUCGGAUUGUGGUGGUCAAGGAGGGUCGUAUCGUGGCCCAGGGAACCUACAGGGAGUUGCAGAGCUCUGGCCUUGAUGUGGGCUUCCUGCUCCAAAGCCAGGAGGAGCAGGACCAUCCCUAUCUGGCAGCCAACUGCGACAAGGAGUCCAUCUGUAGCAAGAGGACCAAUCACUCCAACAGCUCAGUCUACUCGCACGGCGCCCUCCUGCCCCCAGAAUGCAACGGCCCUGACCUGCUUCCCGUGGAGAGUGCGCACGCUGCUGAGGAGGAGUCUCGUGCCGAAGGAAAUGUCAGCAGGGACAUUUAUGUCAAGUAUUUUACCGCCCACUGUCACCCUCUGACCUUAUUGGCCAUUCUGCUGCUCAGUGUCACCGCUGAGGUUGCGUAUAUUCUGCAGGACUGGUGGCUGGUGGUCUGGGCCAAAGAUGAGCUCAAUAACAACACCACCACGGCGGUGACGGUUGAGAAAAACGCCAACGAGACCGGCUCACUCCAAGACAACGGUCUCCCAUUUUAUUUGGGCGUUUAUUCUGGUUUGACAGCAGCCGUCGUGAUCUUGGGCUACGCCAGGAGCUUAGUGAUCUUUCACGGGCUGGUGCGAUCCACCCAGACGUUGCACAACCGCAUGUUCAACGCCGUCCUGCGCACCCCAGUGCUCUUCUUUGACGUCAACCCCAUAGGAAGAAUUCUCAACCGCUUUUCCAAAGAUAUCAACCAGAUGGACUCCCUGUUACCACUCAUCUUUGUGGACUUCUAUCAACUUUUUUUGCAGAACGUGGGCGUUUUGGCCGUGGCCGCCUCCAUCAUCCCUCUCCUCCUGGUCACCGUCGCCCCGCUGCUGUUCCUCUUCCUGUACCUGCGCCGUUACUACCUCUGCACGUCACGCGACAUCAAACGUCUGGAGUCCACGGCACGCAGUCCCGUCUUCUCCCAUCUUUCGUCGUCCCUCCAGGGUCUGUGCACCAUCCGAGCCUUCGGAGGAGAGGAGAGACUAACCAAAGCCUUUGACUCGCACCAGGACCGACACUCAGAGGCCUGGUUUCUCUUCCUGAUGACCUCCCGCUGGUUUGCCCUCCGUCUGGACAGCAUUUGCUCCGUCUUCAUCACCGUAGCGACAUUUGGGUGCAUUUUACUCCGAGAUGGUUUGGAGGCCGGCGAGGUGGGCCUCGUGCUGACGUACGCUGUGACGCUUAUCGGAAACUUCCAGUGGACUGUGAGGCAAAGUGCAGAGUUAGAGAACACGAUGACAUCGGUGGAGAGGGUGGUGGAGUACACCGAGCUCAAGAGCGAAGCGCCCUGGGUAACCCCGACGCGACCUCCUCGCGAUUGGCCCAGCCGAGGCCAGGUUACCUUUGACCGGGUGCAUUUGGCGUAUCGCGUGGACGGCCCUCUCAUCCUCAAGGACAUCAAUGCCGUCUUCCGCCCGAACGAGAAGGUGGGCGUUGUGGGGCGGACGGGAGCCGGGAAAAGCUCUUUGGUGGCUGCUCUCUUUCGUCUGGCGGAGCCACAAGGGAACAUCUACAUCGAUGGCGUCUUGACGUCCGAGUUGGGCUUGCACGACCUGCGACAGAAGAUGUCGAUCAUACCUCAGGACCCGCUGCUUUUUACGGAUACUGUGAGGAAGAACCUGGACCCCUUUAACCAGCACACAGAUGUUGACCUGUGGAAGGCUCUGGAGCAGGUCCAGCUCAAGUGCAUGGUGGAGGAACUGCCCACCAAGUUGGAGACGGUUCUCGCCGAGUGCGGCUCCAACUUCAGCGUCGGUCAGAGGCAGCUGGUGUGUCUGGCCAGAGCCAUCCUGAGAAAGAACCGCAUCCUCGUCAUUGACGAGGCCACGGCCAACGUGGACCCCAGAACGGACGAGCUGAUCCAAGUAACGAUUCGACGGGAGUUCCGAGACUGCACCGUGUUCACCAUCGCUCAUCGACUCAACACCAUCAUCGACAGCGAUCGCAUCUUGGUGCUCGAUGAGGGCAGAAUCCAAGAGUUGGAUCACCCUUUUAACCUUCUUCAGAACAAAGAUGGUGCUCUGUACAGGCUGGUCCAGCAGUUGGGCCCAGCGGACGCCGAAGCUUUGUUGGAGGCGGCGAAACAGGCAGGAAGCAAAGGCGACCUGACCGGCCAAAGCUGAGGGAACGGCGACCACUCAAAAUUGCGGAUGCAAGCGGCCACGGCGGAAACACUGAGUGAGGUUUGUCGGGGUUUGAAGACAUUCAAGAAGUGAUCUUUCAAACUCGGAGGUUUGAUUUUGGAGCUGGAAAGGUUUGAAAGCUUCACUUUUAUCACUUAGUUUACUCCAAAGUUUGAACCAUUGCGUCCAUGAGAUGUCGGUUGAAUAUAAAAGAACUCUGUGUAGGUGAAUGCAACGGGUGUUUCAAGGACAAUUUACAGCCCGAAGAAGUAUUAAUCAUUAGCUCUUCAACAUCGUCGGGGGGGGGGGGUCCAUUGCGUUUGAUCAGUGUUGAUUGAAUGAUUGAAUCUGGAAUGGAAAAGCCUUUGGAAGGACAAGCGUCUCACUGGUUUAACUUUGUCGUCCUACGAAAAAAUAAUUGCCGUUCCCGUCUGCAUUUUCCUUUACAAUCUCAAACUUUUAAGACGCUUUAGAACCGUCCGUCCGUGCCUCGGAUUCCCGAGAAAUCCACCCCGAAAUAUCGCCAUGACCCUUGGGAAGGACGCCCGUUGUGAAUCUGCCAGAGUUUGAGAAGGUGUCAGGCAAACAGGCAGCCAAAGAACCAUACUGGCUUCAAUCUGAGAUGCGGAGAGAACUGACUCAGAGCUCACCCGGCAAGUCCUCCAAACGUCCGCAAAGCAGAGAACAAACUCUGCCAUCGGCGCUCUUGACGGGGACGUCAACCAGAGUUGAUGGUCCACCACAAGAAGAGCCAAAUGCCACACGCACACACCACAACUCGCGCUGGCGGGACCUCAUCACCUUGCGACGACAAUCACACUAUGGGAACAAGAAGACUCCUUUUCGAGACAAUUUUGAGUGUUCCGUUAGCUUGCUGUGCAUGUUAUUGGAAUGUGGGAGGAAACUGGAGUACCCAGAGAAAACCCACGCAGGCACGGGGAAAACAUGCAAACUCCACACAGGAAGGCUACAGCCGGGAAUCGAACCCUGCACCUGCGCACUGUGAGGCGGACGUGUUCACCAGUAACCGACUGUGCC